UUGGAUCGCGGACCCCACAUACCGUGUGCCUCCAUUGCGGUUGCUCUCUCUCUUUCUCUCUCAGUGAGAGAGGGAGAGGAGAGGGGCACACGGAAGCUUCCAGGACUCAUUCAUCAUCGUCUAAUUCGAAACUAAAGUGUGAUGACUUCAAACGGCUGAACCAGUAAUAAGAGAUUCGCUUGGAGCGCAAAAGGUUCGGCUCUUGUGAUUCUGAAGCAUUUCUCGGGUUCGCCUGCGCUCGCUCGUUAAAGUGUCGGUGUUGCCACAUUUCUGUACUGGAGAUUCGGGCUGUAGUUUUUUUCACUUUUCAAGUCCCGAAUCGAAUGCGAAAAAAGUUAGGAUUUUGCUGGGCUCAGUCUAUGGGUUGGAGCUCAUGAAUCAUUGUUUCUUUUGGAGACUGUGAUCUGUCAUUGCUUUUCUUUUUCUUGGAGCCGAUCUGGGUUCUCUUAUAACGUUUGCCACCUUGUUUCAUCCGGGUUCAUAAGCCCCAUCGCUCCCCGAACUGUGUUCUAUUCUUCAUUGGCUGAUACUGAUGGUCUUCCUGGGACUCUGAGUGGCAGAGUCUAGCGAUUCUGUUUUGUGGUUUUAAAUUUGAGGACUUGGGUUUGGCUCAAGAACUGAUUUAGUCACUUGGGUUGUCCUCAAAAUUUAGUCUUCCUCGCUGGAAAAGGAAAUGUGGAGGUGUCCAGUAUGUUAGUUGAAUCCUCAAGAUUUGACAUGAUUUGCGAAACUGGAGAUUGAUUGAUCUGUUGUCUGGGUUGUGUUGAUCUCAGAGAUGGCAAGUACUUCGCCAUCUCCGGAUGCAUCCCCCUCCGCUGUGCCACCAUCAACUACCAUCUCUCCACCUCCACAGCCUUCCUCUCCUCCAUCACCCCCACCUCAGACUCCUCCAGCGACGCCGUCCCCGCCGCCGUCGGCACCGCCCCCUAAUCCACCAGCAAGUCCGCCCCCAUCUUCACCUCCUGCAACUUCCCCACCGUCACCUAGUCCACCAGUUACCCCUUCGACACCUGUUGCUGCUCCUCCUACGAGCUCGCCUCCGCCUCUGCCUCCACCUCCAUCACCAGUGCCGCCAUCGCCUUCCCCACCUCCACCGUCACCUCCACCACAACCGGCUGCAAAUUCUCCUAGUCCACCUCCACCACCAACUGCAAAUCCUCCUAGUUCACCUCCACCACCAACUGCAAAACCUCCUAGUCCACCUCCACCCCCAACUGCAAAACCUCCUAGUUCACCUCCACCGCCUUCUGCAAAACCGCCUGGAAAUCCACCUUCACCACCACCACCACCACGAUCAUCCAAAUCCCCUGAAAAUUCCCCACCGCCGCCGCCGCCGCCACUGUCACCACCAUCAACUCCACCUCGAAGUUCGCCUCCACCCCCAGCACCUGUGUCGCCCUCACCCAAAAGUUCACCUCCAUCACCAACCUCAAAUCCACCAAAAAGUUCACCUCCCCCUCCGGCAUCGGUUCCUACAGCUAAAUCACCUACACCUGCUAGAGUUAGUUCCCCCACGCCCAGUUCUCUACCAACUCCGCCUUCAAAUUCUCCUUCAAUCUCAGCAUCUCCACCCUCUUCAUCAGGUCUCUCUCCACCUUCCACUCCUGUCCCUUCAACCCCUGCAUCAACUGGUCCAACUGCAAGCAACAAUCCUAAUUCAGCUUCCAGUUCCAAUGACACCAGGAAUUCCAGUUCUGGAAUAGGAACAGCUGGCACAGUGGCUAUUGUUGUGGCAGUAUUCAUCCUCAUUAGCCUUAUUGGAUUUGCUGUCUGGUGCAUGAAAAAACGAAGGAAAAAGGUUACUGGACUUACUGGAGUCUACAUCGUGCCGUCACCUGGGGCCUCUUCCACUGGAACAGAUUCAUCUGUUAUCAAGACACAUUCUUCUGCACCCCUCCUUGGAAGUAGUUCAGGGAGUGAUGCUUACACGCCAAAGGAGCAGGGGGGAAUUGGAAAUUCCAGGCCAUUGUUUUCGUAUGAAGAGCUGGGCAAGGCUACAAAUGGUUUUUCAUCCCAAAAUUUAUUGGGUGAAGGUGGAUUUGGUGCUGUCUAUAAAGGAUUCCUUCCAGAUGGGAGAGAGAUAGCUGUAAAGCAGCUAAAAGUUGGUGGUGGGCAAGGGGAUCGAGAAUUUAAAGCUGAAGUUGAAAUCAUUAGUCGCAUACACCAUCGCCAUCUGGUGUCAUUAGUCGGGUACUGCAUUGCUGACACCAGAAGGUUGCUUGUGUAUGACUAUGUGCCUAAUAAUACCCUCUACUUUCAUCUUCAUGUAGAAGGUAGGCCAGUGCUGGAAUGGGCAACACGUGUUAAGAUUGCUGCUGGUGCUGCUCGUGGAUUGGCUUACCUUCAUGAAGACUGCCAUCCUCGUAUUAUCCAUAGAGACAUCAAGUCAUCAAACAUUCUCCUAGAUAAUAACUUCGAAGCUCGGGUAUCAGACUUUGGACUUGCCAAAUUAGCUCUUGAUGCAGAUACACAUAUCACUACACGUGUCAUGGGAACUUUCGGAUACAUGGCUCCUGAAUAUGCAACAAGUGGCAAAUUGACCGAGAAAUCUGAUGUUUUCUCUUACGGAGUUGUGCUUCUGGAGCUAAUAACUGGACGGAAGCCUGUGGAUGCAUCACAACCCUUGGGAGAUGAGAGUUUAGUUGAAUGGGCUCGACCUUUGCUGAGCCAUGCACUUGACAAUGAAGAAUUUGAGGGUUUGGCAGAUCCAAAGCUUGAAAGAAAUUAUGUUGAAGCCGAAAUGUUCCGGAUGAUGGAAGCUGCAGCUGCUUGUGUGCGACAUUCAGCUGCCAAGAGACCUCGUAUGGGACAGAUUGUGAGAGCAUUUGAUAGUUUGGCUGCUUCUGACUUAACUAAUGGAAUGAGACUAGGAGAGAGCGAGGUGUUUAAUUCUGCUCAACAAUCUGCAGAAAUCAGAUUGUUUCAGAGGAUGGCUUUUGGCAGCCAAGAUUACAGUACAGAAUUCUUUAGCCGGUGUAGCUCGAAUAGUUGAAGGAUGGCUUUGGUAAAUAUUGCAAGAGGAUUCAUUUUGCAUCGAGAGAGUUUGUCUUGUCUGAGCUGUGGCUCUCAAGGGCUUGUCUGCUGGAAAAGGGCAAAACUCACUCUCUUGGGCCUGUAAGUAGGAUUCUUCAUAAAGUCGAGUUGUGCACUGCCUUACCGCAAUUUUUUUUUAGGGUAGCCAGUAUUAUUGCAUAUCUUCUAUCGCCACCGAGGUUUAGGGUGGUGUGAAAUCUCAUUGGUUCAAUUUUGUUCAUUUUAUUCAAAUUCAAACUCGUGUAAUUAAUCUCUGUAAUAUCUUAAUGGGUUCCUUUUCCCACUCUUUCUUUAAAUUGGGGGAGAAGAUUAUGUUACACAUCGGUGAAUGAACAGUCUCCAACUGUCACGGCAUCUGCAUCAAUAGAAUCAAGCUUGUGACUCCGUAUAAAAGGGAAUUUUGUAGAAGAUCCCAUAACAUUACUGUAUCUGCAAGAAGAAGACUUCUUCUUCUUCUUCUUCUUCUUCUUCUUCUUCUUCUUUUUGGCAUGAGUAAUGUUUGAUAUACAAGAGUCUGAAGACUUGUAUGCGAAAACUUAUGAGAUCAUGUUUGCAAGGAAUGAUGUAUGAUUGCAUAAGCUUUUAAAUAUCAGUCUCGAUAGUUUUGCAUUUGUAA